AUGGGCUGGUUCUGGGGUUCCAAAUCAGCACCCACCGCUAUAGAUAAUGGUGCCAACGCACCUCCGCCUGAGUUAUCGGCGGUAGAGGCCACUCCUGCGCCUUUAUCUGUUCCAGAGCCUGCCCAACAAAGCCUAUCCCGAGAUGAGCAGAGUGAUACAGCGUUUCAAGAACUCCUUCGCGAGUUCUAUGCUGAAGAGUCACGAGCGCAGGAGAAGCGAAUUCAAACCAAGGACGGCCGGCGAAAGUCCUCCGCAGAUUCUACACCUGUCGAUAUCACUCCCGACUCACUUUAUCCUACCCAGAUGUCCUGCCGAUCAGCUUUUGAUUAUGCCAUGUUCUGCCAGAGCUUUGGGGGUCAAUUUGUGAAUGUAUAUCGAUACGGCGAUUUCAGGAGUUGCUCAAAUCAUUGGAAUGAUUUCUGGCUGUGUAUGAGGGCAAGGAACUAUGGGGAGAAGGAGAAGGCCAGAGCCAUACGAGACCAUUAUCAGAAGAAGGCCAUCAGAUACAAGACUGGGCCAAGUAGCGAAGAUAUAUGGGAAGUGAGAGAUGUGCCUGUGCAGGACGCCAUGCAGGGCAAUCUCGAAGAACUAGAGGCCAGGAUCGAAGAGUGGAAAAAGGCGAAUCCAUCGGCUCCAGAUCCCUGGAAGCAAUCAAAGACCUUCCGUGAUCAUAAGAAGGAUGCUGCUGCGCAAUAA